GACAAUGGUGGUAGAACUAGCCAAGCAGCUGAGUUUGCAAGCAGCAAAAGGAGCAGGAGAAAGUAGGGUGUGUGAGAAGCACCAGAAGGCGCUGAAGUUGUUUUGUGAGGAGGAUCAAGCCCCCAUGUGUGUGUUGUGUGACAGGUCCCAGGUACACCGCAUGCAUAGGGUGCUUCCCAUACAGGAAGCUAUCCAGCAGUACAAGGGAAAAAUUCAGGCUCAUUUGAAGACUCUGAGGGAAGAGAGAGAAAAGCUGCUGGGAGGGAAAGCAACGGAAGAGACGAGAAGCCAGGAGUAUCUGGAUGUCAGAAGGACCUUGAGCAGAUAUGUGGCUCUCACUCACCCUCCUACUGCACAGCGCAGGAAAAGAGCUUGGAGCUGACAUUGGCAUCACAUCUCCCGAGGGCUCUGCAGCCAGAUGUUGGAUACAAAUCUGAGUCAUUUAAUUCUGAGGGUCUCACCCUUGCACAGAAGACUCUGGAAUUCUCCAUUCAGAGACACAGUCUGACCUCAAGUAUUUCCUGGAGCUGUAACCUCCCUGGGGACUGGCUGCCUCAGGACUGUGGGGAUGGAACAUGGGCCUGUCACUCCUGGGCGCCAUUCAAACCAGGGCAGCAGGGAAUAAGAGACUGUUCCACCCAAUGGAUGUUUGGAGACCUGUGUAGAAUGAGCUGGGGAGAGGGCAGUUGGUGUCUUAGUCUAGUUCCUAUUGGGCAGAUUCCUACAGCCCUUCACCUGGGAACCUCCUAUCCCUCAGCGCCUGGAGGCCAAGGAGUGAGUUGGCUGUGGAAACUCAAUUCCCCUUUCAUCCACCAGCCGGUGUCUCUGGACCAGAGGUGAAGAACAGUAAUGGGACCUUUCAGGGGAACAUUGCAUAGGCAGGAACUCUGUGGCCCCUGUUCUCAGGCUGGGAGAAAUGGAGGAAUUGUAACUGCAUGCCUGUUAGAGCUGAGACUCACUAGCAAGAACUUAUCAUCAGUCAAUUAAAUACAGUCACAUGAAAUUGUUUCUGUAAAGGUGUGAGACAGGGAAGUUCCAGCUGCCAGAAGAGAUUUCUCUUGAACUGAAAGAACAAGUCAGGGGUUUCUCUCAGAAAAUGAUUGCGCUGUCAGAGACUCUGAGGGAGUUCAAAGGUACCUAGAAGGGAUGGGUGAAGGGAAAAUGGUUUAAGUAUCUGAGACUAUUGAAUCUGGCCUCUGAAGCCAACCUUCCCCUGCCUCAAUUCCCACGUGGAGAAUGACAGCCCUAUGAUACUGGUCUCCUUAGAGCAGCAGCAGGCAACCCACGGCUAGCGACCUGCCUGCGGCUCAUGAAGAAAAAAUUGCCGCUCCUGAUGGAAGUGGGAUGGAACCUGCAACCGCUCAGGUCAACUGCCGUCAUGGCCUGCAGCCUGGCGCUCUCCCAGGCAACGUAUACAGAGCGAAUGCCCAUCUGAAGUAGGCAUUGGCUCACUGCAGAGGCUACAUUUCUUAAAGCCUGGAGAUCCAGGCAUGGUUGUGUGUCAGCUUCCUUCUGAGAGGUGUGUUUUUAUUUAAAAAAAAAAAAAACACCUUAUCCGCAGUUGGUAACAGCAGGGAGCCACUGUAAGCCAGGGCUUUAAGGAGGUGUUGAGGCUUGCUUUUUUCUCUUUUUUUUUUGUAGUAGAUAAGAUCAAACGACAACAAAAGAACUCUAACUAUAUACAAUUAAUUAACUAACUACAGGUUCCCUGAGGGAAGGAGAACUACUGUGAGGGGAGAGAUCAGAAGCUCCUUCUGCGUUCAGGGACGGUUAAGAGGAACUGACAGGAAAGCCAGGUGCACGCAAAGAUCAAAGAGCGCACAGUGCGAGCUGCACCCUGCGCAUGUGCACCUGGCUGGAAACAGCUAUACAAAGCAUCCGAGCUGCGGUGCGGGAUGACCCCGACACCAUGAGUGGAGCACCCACGGGGACCACUCGAAGAGGAAGGGAAAGCUCCAUGUGCUGGCUCCUGAGUAAGCAGAAGCUCUGGAGUUUCUGUGCUUGCUGCAAUCCUUCCCGUGGCCCCCCCGCCCAGCUCCAAGAGGCUGGAGCUGUUAAGGAGGCAUUGUUAGGUGGGAGAAAUAAUAAGGCAGCAGAGGGGUCCCCUAACAAUACUAAGCCCUCUGUUCAAGUCCUGUGACAGCCAGCGUCUAUCAUCUGGUGUCACGUUUUAAUUAAUCAAAGGACCCAGUUUAAGUAAACCGAACAAAUGACUGAUUUAUUAAGGGUAAAUUUACAAAAUUGGGGAUUCAGGGAGUAUUCAAAUAUGGUUAACAAUAAAUGGUACAGUAAUCAAUUCCCCAAAACCCACAAGGAAAAGCAAAAUUUUGGCCGAGUCCAAUUAGUAUGGUAAGUAUAAUAACAAAAGUUUAUAGCAACCUUGAUAGUUUGCAGACAUUCGCUCAGAACCUCAAAUCUCACAGCUCACCGAGAGCUUUGAGAGAGGAACACUGAGGAGAGCCCUCAUAGUCCUCUUCCCUGCCAAUGGUAAAUAGUUGUCAGGGUGGCUAGCAAUGGUCUUCAGUGAACUCUUCUGUAUGGCUGCAGCAGCUGCCUUGUUAUGGAGUCUGAUCUGUAAGGAAAACGUCGUGCACUCUGCCUCUAGGAUGAGCAGCCCUGAACUGACUAGCUAUUGGCCUUUUAUGCCCUCUAAGGUGGGAGAUCCUGCAGUGUCUGCCCCUGCUAGGGAGACCCUGUAUGAUAUACUUCUGAGGUAAAUCCAGUUCAAACUGGAGCUUGUUUACCUGUUUUCUGUCAAAGGUGGGAAAAUCAUGUCUGACAGACCCAGGGCAUGUGGCUUGUCUUUCAUUUUGUUUUACAAAAUGGAUGAUGGUUCCUCCAUUUUGAUUUUAACAGAGAUAUCCUAUAAUAUCAAACAUUACAAACCAAACAUUUAACUAUUUAGGAUUUUAUCCUAACAGCAUGUGGGGGCCCGGAGGGAAGGGGGAGGGUGAAAUCCAUCCCCAGAGUCAGAGGGAAGGGAAGCUCCCAAGUCCCUUCCCUGCAUGGAGGAGGCCACAGUGGAGCCAACUCCCUCCCACCCCUACCAGUCUGUUCUGUGCAUAGGGUGAUUACACGCUGCCAAUAGUGCCCUCUUAACAAUUAGGGAGGCUUUGGGAGAAGGAGAAUCACAGAAGUGAGAGGGAAGGGAAACCCCCUUCCGUGCUUGGGAUGCCUUUAGGGAGGACGGGGUGGCCACAGCUGGGCAAGGAAAAGCAAACUUAUCCAUCACACUAAAAUUCUAAGUAAAAAGAAUUAAAAAUUAAAAAAAAACAUAUUGAGGGGGGUUUGUGGGAUUUUUUUGUGUGCACGCAUGUGAAAAAAAAUUUUCUCACUUUUAUGUGGCUCCCAACUGAUAUAUCUGUGGGUUAGUGGCCCCCUGAGGCAAAAAAGGUUCCCCACCCUUGAUCUAGAUGGUGCUUGUUCCUGCCAUAAGGGCAGGAGACUAGACUUGACCUUUUGAGGUUCCUUCCAGUUCUAAUAUUCAAUGAUGAAAAAGGCCUUUAUUCCAAAAAAUGCUAGAACUGGGAAGUGUAAUGCAGCUUUCCAACUGCUGCAAGUUGGGGAAAAUUCUUCUAAACACAAGCUGGAAUGGGUGAUGGGGUUUGCAUGUGACUCCAUUGUAACAAAAACUGUCUGGGUGCUGAUUUAAACUGCCUGCUUCCGUAGCCUGGGUAGGCACCCAAGCCGCCAGGCUCAAAGCUGGGAGGGAACCAUCUCCUUCCACCCACUCCCAGGCUGUUUUGUGUAGUGGGAAGUAGCCUCUGGUCAGGCCUGCCAGAUUGUCCCCUGCCUGCCUUCCUGUGGCUUAUGAAUUGCAGUAGGGUUUGGGGGACAGCCAAGGGCCUGGGUGCCUACAGUGCCCUCCUGAGUGUAGUAUGGAGCCUGUCCUUUAAGUUUCUGCAACAGCUGACUAGAGGAUAGCAAACAUGUUUUAAAAAGAAUCCAG